UUUAAGAUCAUAAGAUUCGAAGGUGAUUUUAGGAGUGGGAGGAUGUGAGGUCAUUGUCCUGCAAGAUCAUCUGGUACAACCAAAUACACUAAUUUUGUCACCUUCAUUCGCAUCACCGUUAAUCUUAAACCAUCACCCCGUACCGCACUCCCCCUAGCUGUACGGUGGCAAAACCCGACAGCAGUGGCAGUGUUCUCAUGCUACCGUGUUAGCGGUAGCCACUAAAUAAAGCAGGCCAUUUCAGCGUGGACCGUCGACGCGCAGAUCUCUCCAUCCGAUAAACGUACCGCCUCCUUUUCUCCGCUCGCAACUUGUUUGCGAAAUUGCCUUUGAGAGAAAGCGAGAGAUGAGGGCGCUGGGUUUGUGGCUGAUGCUGGUGGGAUCGCUCCGUGUCGCCUCCGUCUGGUUCGGCUUCUUCGACAUCUGGGCUCUCCGCCUCGCCGUCUUCUCCCAAACCCAAAUGACUGAUGUCCAUGGGCGGACAUUUGGAAUUUGGACCCUUCUGACCUGCACUCUCUGUUUUCUUUGUGCAUUCAACCUUGAGAAUAAGCCUCUUUAUUUGGCUACUUUUCUAUCAUUCAUUUAUGCCUUUGGUCAUUUUCUCACUGAAUAUUUGAUAUACCAUACAAUGGCUGCAUCAAACCUUAUAACUGUUGGAAUAUUUGCAGGUACAUCAAUUGUGUGGAUGUUGUUACAGUGGAAUGCGCAUCAACCUCGGACAACUUCAAAGCUGGAAUGAACCAUUUUCAUAUGAUGCAAAUGUACUCAGAUACCAAUUAAUGUUAUUCUCUCUGUUAGGCAGCAAACUCGCAUUUGCCAAGAAGAUUAUCAUCAUGAACUCUUCCUUGACAUGGGUUUCAGAUAUGUAUUCCCGUAGAAUUUUCCUAAAAGGUCCAUAAGACCUUUUUGAUUGAUGCUGGCAUAAA